GCCAGAGCGGCCGCUGUGCAGCACGCAGACGCAGCACGCCGCCGCUCAGCUUGGGAGACAGCGCCGGCUGAUGCAUGAGAGGAGGUGCAUGGCACAUCUGGCGGCUGCCUCGCCUCGCCUCGCCCGCCGUCGAGGCCUCCGACGCUGCCCUCGCCGCCGCCCGUCGCUGCAUGCGCCGUGUGCCUGCAUGCGUGGCGGGCACUUGCUGGCGAGGCAACUGCCCUGCGGCAACGUGAGACCGGGCUACGGGGCAGCGCGGGAGAGAAGGGGGUGCUGCUCGGCUGUGAGCGCUGCAUGUGCUGCUUCGUCCGGCCGCCGCACCGCACGUCAGCGCAGCAUCAGCUGCUCAGCAGGCGGCAGGCACCGCACACGCAGCGCCGCAUGGAGGGAUAGGCCCGAUGGCAGGCGCCGUGCCCGCCGCUCAGCUUCCACUCCCGCGCCCGUGCCCGCCGCCCGCCCGCAGCCGCAGCUGGCUCACACCUUAUUACCCGCACCUGCCAUGGGCCAUGCCUGCGUGAGCCAUGUUGCGCCACACACCCUGCUCUCCUCCUCUCCACCACCUGCCAGCGCCACGCCGUCUCCUGUCGUCCGUCCGCCUCGCCCUGCCCCUCCUCUACGCGCGCCUUUCCUCGCAGCGCCUCGAGCCUCCAGCUCGCCGCUCGCUGCGCGCUCCGCCGCUGCCCACGCCUCUCUGGGCCGCGCCGAGCCGCUGCGCUUGCACUUGCUCGCGCUGCUGUGAGCGCCGUCCGGGCCCGCGUGCACCGCUCCGCCUCGCCGCACUCUCGUGCGCCGGCAAUCAGCAGCUUCUGCCUCGCACACCCCGUUGCUCUGCCGCUCCAGGAGCGUCAAGGCAAGCGACUGUCGGCAUCUCCGAGCCGCAUUUCCGUACCCGCUGCCGCCACGGCCUUGCACCUC